GGCGCUGGAGACGGAAGCCGCCGGCGUUCUGCGCCCGGCGUUCUGCGCCCUGAUCGCCUAGCGACUUUUCGGCCGGACUUUUCUUGAGGCCCGGCGACCUCCCGGCCUGGGGAGCCAAACAAGGUCAAUACCCAACAGGAACUACAACUUGCAGAAGAGAGACGAGACGCCCCAGCGAGACUCUUGCGGUCCCCCAGCUCCUCACCUCCAUGGGCCAGACGGCCCUGGCAGGGGGCAGCCACAGCACCCCUACCCCACAGGCCCUGUACCCCGACCUCUCUUGUCCUGAAGGCUUGGAGGAACUGCUGUCUGCUCCCCCUCCUGACCUGGGGGCCCAACGGCGCCACGGGUGGAACCCCAAGGACUGCUCAGAAAACAUCGAGGUCAAGGAAGGGGGGUUGUGCUUUGAGCGGCGGCCCGUGGCCCAGAGCACUGAUGGGGCCCGGGGUAAGAGGGGCUACUCAAGGGGCCUGCACGCCUGGGAGAUCAGCUGGCCCCCGGAGCAGAGGGGCACCCACGCCGUGGUGGGCGUGGCCACGGCCCUCGCUCCUUUGCAGGCUGACCACUACGCGGCGCUGCUGGGCAGCAACAGCGAGUCGUGGGGCUGGGACAUCGGGCGGGGGAAGCUGUACCAUCAGAGCAAGGGGCCCGGUGCCCCUCAAUAUCCAGCCGGACCUCGGGGUGAACAGCUGGAAGUGCCGGAGAGGCUGCUGGUGGUUCUUGACAUGGAAGAGGGAACUCUGGGCUACGCUAUUGGGGGGACCUACCUGGGGCCAGCCUUCCGGGGACUAAAGGGCAGGACCCUCUAUCCAGCAGUAAGCGCUGUCUGGGGCCAGUGCCAGGUCCGCAUCAGCUACCUGGGCGAAAGGAGAGCGGAGCCACACUCCCUUCUGCACCUGAGCCGCCUGUGCGUGCGCCAAACACUGGGGGCUACCCGGCUGGGCCAGGUAUCUGCUCUGCCCUUGCCCCCUGCCAUGAAGCGGUACCUGCUCUACCAGUGACCCUGUGAUACCACAGAUGCAUGGGGUCUUGAUGCCACUCCUCCUCAGGGGCCAGGGAGGAGGCACUGCUGGCCUAGACCAGCUACUUAAAAGCCAGAGAGGCUGGGGGGAGGUGAGGCUGGGCCCCUACCCCAACCCAAGCUGUGGGGAGCUCAACAGCCCCAGAGCCACCCAGAGGGUGAAGGGAAGCUGUUAUUCAAGGCUGUGGCAGCCUGGUACGCAAGACAUUUUUUCAAGUAAAAAUAGCAAGAGAUGUGCUACUGUAAAAACCUGUUUGUGGUAUUUUUUUGCACAAGCCUAUGGCUGUCUCAAGGAAAAAGAUGAUAUGGAAAGAAGUACAGGAGUGAAGGACGAAUCACAAGGCUUAGUGUCUGGUGUUUAUUUCCCCUCCCCCCAGGCAGGGCUGAUCACAUACACAACACCACAGGCAUUGGCACCGGGGGCGAGAACAGUACCCCUGGCCUCUGAGGGGACGACAGGGCUCUCAGCUGUUGGCCCCAUGGUACGAGAUGGGAGAGGAAGAUGGUUUCUCUCUCGUCUUUACCGGGAACUAAGGGGACCCACAAA